UUUUUGGAGAGGAAGAUAAAGAGGAGGUGACUAGAGCUGCAGAACAGCUGAUGGGGAAAGGAAAGCCAAAUUUCACCCCGGAGCAGCCAAGCCCGUGCUAUGGGAACACUGUCCCCUCCGUUACUAAUUGCUGCAGCUCAGCAAAACCUUAGAAGAGGGAAGAAGAAAGGUUUAUCUCCUGCUGGGUGUUUGCACCUGGCUGGGGAGAUCUUAGCUGUAGCUUCUGGACUGAAGCCUGCUUUCCUGUACGAUUAUAAUGCAGUCGGAGUCGAGCAGGUCCGGGACUACUUGCGGCAGGUCCAGGACAUCGGCCUGACGAGGCAUCCGCUGCACCUCCUCAGCAUUGCAGACAAUAUUUUGAUUCUCAACCUGGAGAAGACGGUGCUGCAUUUGGAGUCGCUGCUGCUCAGGAGCAAAGUCCUCCUCGUUGAUGUCUCUGCGUCUAGGGAAUGCCCCCGACUUUGUGAGCCAGAACAAGUGGACUCUCUAAAAGGCCACGUUUCUGAUCUACUGGCUCAUGUCAAAGCAGUGGAGAGAGUCGCAUCCCAGCCGGUCUCCACCAGUCAGAUCUUCUCUGCUGAUUGGAAUCUGUGCACCGUGUUCGGUGUCCUCCUGGGCUACCCUGCUUCCUAUGUCUUUAAUGCAGAGAAGGGAUUUGAAAACUGUUUGUCUCUGACUCCACUGAGAGUUUUCACUGUCCAGGCCUCUUGCCCUCGGAUAAGUAAGGAUCUCAGAGUCCACAUUUAUUCCUUCAGUGUCCCAGAGAACCUGUAUCCUGCUAUGAAGGAGGAGCUGGACUUAUGGUGUGGACGUAUGAAAGAUCUGUUCAGCUCACAGAGUGACUUUGUGAAUGUCUUAGUUUCAACAGAGGUGGUUUCCCUGGCUGCUGUUGCUCUGUAAACACAGUGACGUUCGUUAUCCCUCAGUUUGGAGGGAUGGGUAGGGGAUACCAGGUCCCUGCGGUUCAGCCCUAAAGCCCAGAACACCUUACCACGGGCUUGGCCGAAACAGAGGCUCAAAAUACGGGCAGUGGUAAGGGGAGUGUGCUAACCUGCUGAUCCUCUACUUCCCCUUAUCGCUUGUGGCUUAAGUUUUUUCCCUUUCCUAGGAAUGCACGCCUGAAUUUAAGUACCCACAGCUGUCACAGUCUGUCCCCACACAGCAGAUCUGAAUGGUAAGCUGCUCAACUUGGCAGCCUCUCCCAAGUGCAACUGAAGUUGGUCCCAUUCCCUAUUCUAGCUCCCUUGAUGCUCUGCACUUGCUCCCAGUGGUGGUCUGCCUGGAAGAAUAAGAACGUGGAAACCCUGACUUGUUCUAGGUUUUCCACUAGUUCCACUUGGUGGGUCUCAGUCUG